GAGCACGAACAGUCCAGGCUGGCCCCCCGGGGGCCGCGCGCCGGGGCCUGAAAUAGCUCAUUUUGAUCCCGCUACCUCGGCCAGGAGCCCAGGCUUGGCACAUGGUGCAACCAGCUGCUCCUGCAGCAAAAGAGAAGUGGUUAGAUGACCAUGAGGACAGGUUGACUGGCUCGACUGAUGAAGAAAUGGCGGUUAGAGAGGGGACAGACUGCCUGCUUGUCACCGCAUAGGAAAGAAAGAGAGACUGGAGUCGGGAUGAGACUUCUAGAGCAAGAGGGAGGGCGAUUGGAAAGUGGACUGCAGCAGAGCUAGGGUACUUGAGAUCAGAUCCCUUCCAUUGGUCUACGGUCUUGCCAAUUACUGCUGCACGCUACAAGUUCUCCAAUCAAACAUGCCCUCUCAGGCAGCCCGGCGUUACAGCCAGUCGUGAGACACCUCCCUUUGGACACUUUACCAGUUACUGUUAUUUUCUUCUCUAUCAUUGGUCUUCCUGGAGGCCGCUCUCUUCUUGCGCGGCACUCCCAGAGAGGGGUGGGGCUGAUAGGGUAUUGCUAAGCGACAAAGAUGCACGCGGGAUCUGUCCGGUGAAGUAGUGCAGCAGACCAAAUCGCUGAGGUAGAUGCGGGAUGGACCGCAGCCUGCCAGUUUUUUCCACUCAAGACAGUCCCUUUGGAGAUGCUCCCCUCGGCCGAAAUCACUACUGGCCAUCCCGAAGCCAGACCUGGUGCCCUGAGACCCUGAGCCCAUCCAGGUCCCAGAGAUCGAGGCUCCCACAAGCUCCCAAGGUUCUAGCCACACGUCCCAAUUCCCCUGAGCUGUUUGAGGAGUCCUGGCCAUCCAGUUCAGGGACCCCUUCCCCACCCAGCACCACUGAGGGACAGAUGGGAGCCUCCCCACCACCCACUCUGAUUGACAACGGGGACUCUGUGGUGGCCAAGUAUAUAAACAGGUUUCGCCAGGCUCAGCCCACAAGCCGAGAGGAACGCCAGCCUGCAGGCCCAACCCCUGCUGACUUUUGGUGGCUGCAGGCUGAGUCUCCAGACCCCAGCAGUCAAUUUGCAGCAGCAGGAGCCAACAAACCAGAAGGAAGACCCAGUACAGCAGUUCCAACUCCUGCCAAGAUGGCCAGCACAUCCCAGGCUAUGGCUCCCCUUCAGGAAAUAAAGCAGAACCUCAACACAUGGAACUCAUCCCUGCUGGACCUGGAGAUGCUGAGCCUACAAAGCAGAGCUUCCAAGCUGCUCAAACGCAGCAAGACCUCCACCUCCUCCUCCUCCCUCAGCCCCAGUGAUGCCAGCAGCUUCUCGUUCCCCAUCAGUUCUGAUGACCUCUCUCCUUUCUCCAUGACCUUCACCCCUGACUCCAGUAAGGGCUCUGGCCCCAGGAGACCUGCAGCCCAGGCACCGGCCCAGGCCCCCACCCCUGUUCCAAUUCCUGUCUCCUCCCGGGUACCACUUCGGCCAGAGGAUGAUAUUCUGUACCAGUGGCGGCAGCAGCGGAAGCUUGAACAGGCUCAAAGAGGCGAGGGUGACGGAACCUGGGUGCAGUCCCGGACCCCUGUCCUCACCACUCUGACCUCUGCUGCCCCUGCGGAGACCCUUGGUUCCCACAGCACCCAGCCUAACUGCGUCCCACUGUGGGGCAGUUUGGCCCGGCCUGAUCCUCCAGAGGCCUUCAAUGCAGAGAGGCCUCCUAUUCCCCCAGGGUUCUCACCACACAUCUUCUGGGCCCCCAGCCCCCACAGCUUCUUCUGGGCCCCACAGUCCAGUCCCUGGGUAUCUCUCGGGGCUGUUCCUCCCACGCCACCAACCUCCACCCUAAUUCCUCCACACUCCAUCCCGGCAACAUCGGCCUCCAUCUCCGCGCCCCCUGUCGUCCCCCAGGGCCCGUCCACCCCUGAACCAAGUAGUUCCGCCCAGCCCAAGAGGCUGGGUCCCCAGCCUCGGAGGGGCAGAACCCCACACCAGGAGGCUGCUGGGCAAGUCACGCCAGCUGAGGAGGGGCCUGACCCGCAGCUCAGGGGUGCCCUGGGCCAGGUAGUGACAGCCCGGCUGUUCCCUGACAACUUGGAGGACACUCCCCCUCUCCUCCAGAGCCUGCCUCCACCCCAGGCUGAAUCUAUGAAAGUAAAGGCCACACACCCACAAGCCAAGGUUAUGCUUCCUCGCUCAGAGGUCACGCCCCCUCAAGCCAAAUCACACUGUCAGUCUAAGGCCGAGUCUCCGAAAGCCAAGGCCACGUCCCGCCCAGUGGGGUUGAGGAAGGGCAAGGCCACUCCCUCCGCUGAAGCCGGGUAUCCGCAGCCCAAGGGCCCACCCGCUCUAUCUGAGGAAGCCUCCACGCUCGUCAAGGCCCCACCACCCACCUUCAAGAUGGGGUCGCUCGAGGCUGUAGCCACGCCCCCGCCCGCUGCUCACCACGCCCCCUCAGAGGACCUGCUCUGCCAGGCCGCUAGACUUCUGGAGGCCGCUGAAGACUCCGACGGCAGCGAGUUCCAGGACGACACCAUGCUGCAGGUGCUAAGAGCCCAGAGGGCAGAGCUGCGGCGGCAGAAAAGGAAAGUGGACUCACGAUUAUUCCUCCUGCUGGACCACACCAAAGACCCGGAAUCUUGGCCCCCUCCAGCCAGGUUGGCCUCCUCCAGCCAGGUCGCUCCCCAGGUCCCCAAGGAGGCGGCUACGAGAGAAGGAGCCUCCCUUGAGGCCAGACGACUUUGAAUUGUAUGAAUUCUAUUUUCCUGGUUAUCUCUGAAAAAGGGGUUGUUUUGAAAAGGCCAAAAGGUCAUGCUAAUUUAAAGAAAUAUGCCCCCCUCCCAAACCCCCAAUCCCCAUGGUUCUGUUCCCCCCCCAUGGCUCUGCCCCUUCCCCCUUCCCCCUCUUUCCUGACCACUGAAGCAAAAUCUCUUUUCCAGUUUCAUCCUCCUUUGAGGGGGGAUGGGGAGGGUUCCAGGCAAGACUUCAGGCAAGACCAGGACCCACCUUAGUUGACUCUCAACUCAGGAGUGGAGCCUCCUGGCUCAGAUGGGACCAAAGGGACCGUCCUCUGGCAUUAAGCUAAUGGGGUCAUCAUAGUAUUGGACAGUGGUCAGUCCUCAGUCCACAUCCUGCUUGUCCCAGCAGCAGCAUUUGGUGAAGCUGAUCCCUCCUUCCUUGAAGCACUUUCUUCCCCUGCUUCCAGAACCCCUCUCCUUGCUUCUCUGGUCAUGCCUCCUCAGUGCCUCAGCCUGUCAACUUUUGGCAUGUCCUAGGGCCCUGGCUUUGACUUCUUUAUCUACACUCACUCCCAGGUGUUCUUGUCUAGCUUCAUGGCUCUAAACCCCAUCUCUAUUCUGAUAGUCCCCGAAUUUCUGUCUAGCCUAGACCUGGCCACUCAACCUUGGGCUUCUACAUCUUGCUGCCUGCUCACCAUCUCCACCCAAAGGUCUAAAAGACAUUUCAAAUUCUGUAGACCCUAAUCUGAGCUCCCAAUCUUCCCCUUCAAUUUGCUCCUACCCCCACUUUCGUCAGACCCCCACCCACUGUCCUAGCUGCUCAGGCCAAAAGCUGUAUAUCCUUGACUCCUCUCUUACCUUUGCGCCCACAGUCAGUCAACCAGCAAAUCCUGUCAUCUAUCUUUAAAAUCUAUCCAUAAUUCAACCUCUUCUUCCCCUUCCACUGCCCUGUCUAGGCUUUCAUUACCUCUUACAUGGAUUAUUGAGAAACUUAUUGUUAUAAACAUGUCUGCACAUUCUUUGAUACAUUUGCUACCAAGAGGUAUAGUCUAUGUCUCUUCCUUUGAAACUGGACCCCUCAACAAAUAGAACACAGAGACAGUGAUACAGCUUAACUUGCAAAGUUCAAUUAGAAAAGAUGCCAUACCUGCCAGCUGUCCCCCCCCUCCCACCCAUCCCCCUAAAAAAAAAGAAAAAGGAGAAGGGCUGGCUGGUUAACUCAUUUGGUUAGAGCACAGCCUUAUGACACCAAGGUCACAGGUUUGAAUCCCCGUACCAGCCAGCAGCCCAAAAAAGGAAAGAAAGAAAGAAAAAAUUUUAAAGCCUGGCCAGUCAGUUCACUUGGGAGAGCGUGGUGCUGGUAACACCAAGGUCACAGGUUUGGAUCCCUGUACCAGCCAGCAUUGGCCUCCCCCCACCCAAAAAAAAAGAGAGAGAGAGAAAGAGAAAGAAGAGAGAAAUGAUGAUAUGGUCAACCUGUUUUCCUUUCUUUCCCUCUUUCUAUCUCAUUCUCCCUGAUGCUUGCUUUAGAGGUCAUGUAAGAAAACGGAUUGCCUCCCUCUAUCCACUAGCCACAAAAAAAAAACACCCUGAUUGCCAUGCUGGGGAGAGGUUUGGGUUACACAGAUGUAUGCACUUAGGAAACUCAGUGAAAUAUGUGAAUUUCAUUGUACAUAGAGUUUACCACAAAAGUAAAAUAACUUUAAAGAUAUCCAUGCCAAAAUAUUUAGGGGACAGUAUACCAAUAUCUGCAAUUUCUUUUGAAAUGCAUCCAAAAAUUACUUGGAUUGAUGGAUGAAUAGAGUAAUAGGUAGGUAUGAAAUAAAGCAAAUAUAGUAAAAUAUUCAUGCUAGGAUUGAAGUGGUGGAUAUGUGGGUGUCCAUUGUAAAACUUUUCAACUUUGCUUUAAGUUAGAAAC